AGACGGCGCAGCUAGGGUUCACUUGGAAACAACUCGAAGAAGAAUUGACCCAUAUAAUCUCUCAUCUGGUGACAAUCCAGGAUCGAUCAUAUCUCCACCUCAAUUGCGUGGAGCCAACUAUGAUGAAUGGGCUCUAAACCUUUGUCUGGCUCUCGUGCAAGAAAGAAGUUUGGUUUCGCUGAUGGGAGCAUUCCAAAACCCGCUUACGAUUCUAAAGAUCUCGAAGACUGGUGGGCGAAUAAUGCUAUGGUGGUAUCCUGGAUAAAGAAAACAGUUGCUCCGGAUCUUAGCGGCUCAUUGUGUCACCAUGAGAUUGCUCAUGACCUCUGGACGCAUAUUCAAAAGCGUUUCUCGGUUAAAAAUGGUCAGCGGGUUCAGCAUCUGAAAACAGGGUUGGCUAACUGUCAACAACGAGGAACAGCCGUUGAGGCAUAUUAUGGUAAAUUGACGAAGAUCUGGACGAGCUUGGCGGAUUACCAGUGUGCUAAGACUGCUGCUGAGAUUGAGAAAGAACGAGAAGAAGAUAAACUCCACCAAUUUUUGAUGGGUCUUGACGAAUCUUUGUUUGGUGCCGUGAAGUCGUCUUUGCUAUCUCGUGAUCCACUUCCUUCGCUAGAUGAAGCGUAUCAAGUGGUCACACAUGAUGAAGAAUCAAAGCGUGCUAGUCGUAUGAUGGAAGAACGACAUGAUGGUGUGAGUUUUGCGGUGCAUGCAUCUCAUCGAGGACGUUCACAGCCAUAACUCAGAGAUCCCUCUCCUCAGUGUACUCUUUGUGGAUGCACAUGCCAUCUUGCUGAAAACUGCUUCAGGAAGAUUGGCUAUCCCACUUGGUGGGGAAGUCGACCACGAUCCACCGAUCAAACUGCUUCACCAAAUACAUGAGUAUCAUCUUCAGAGAAUCGGGUUGUGAUGUCUCAGCCACCAGCGUCGAAACGAGUUGAACCUUCUGCUUGGGUGCAUCAAGUCUCGACUUCAGUGACUCCUUUCGUCGGAAAUACGACUAUCACAGAUGCUGAUCGUGUUGGGUUCGGUGGGUUGAAUGAUCAUC